AUGACAGGCUGUUUCAAGCACGCGCGGCUGAGAUCCAGCACAUCGACUCGAGUGCUGGACCUCCUUCCCUCAGAGGAUUUCGAGUCUCAAUUGCAAUGCCUAAUCAGAGAGGUCGACCUCGAAGGGCCAGACGCCGCAUACGAAGCCGUGUCCUACGUAUGGGGCAGUCCCGUCGGCGAGCUUCCUAUCCUCUGCAACGAGCAGGAGCUUCUCGUCACCCCCAACUGCCGUGACGCUCUAUUAUAUCUCCGUCAGCAUUCUCGCACUCGAACCCUCUGGAUUGAUUCUAUCUGCAUCGACCAAACCACAGAAGAAGCCUCUACUCAAGAGCGAAAUCAUCAAGUACGCAUGAUGGGCAGAAUCUACAGCAAGGCGCAAAUCGUGCUCAUUUGGCUAGGGGUGGGCGAUGCGUCAACGCCCAGUAUAUUCCAAGCUAUAGAGUCAGGGGCCAUGGAUGAAAAAGCAGCGGAGAAGGAGGAAGCUCUGAAAAAGAUCCUGAGCAACCCUUGGUUUAUAAGAUCAUGGACCAUCCAGGAGGUCGUCGUCUCGCCAGAUUAUGCCGCUGUAUCCGAGUGGGCAGGUAUUAAUGAUCCGGAGGACCUCUGUUCUCUGGAGGAUUUCUAUUCCUGGGAGCUCGAGCUCCUCGCCUCACUUCGCGACGGCCAAUGCAUGAAGCCUCACGACAAAAUAUACAGCAUGUACUCGAUUCUCAAGGAACUUGGUAUCUGCUUGGAAUCUCCUGACUAUGACAAGCCGGUCAUAGAGGUUUUCGAGGAUACGGCCAUCGCAUACAUACGCAGCCGGAAACGACUGGGUAUCCUGACGAUUCUACCCGUUCUGGACGAAACGACGGGAUUCCCGUCGUGGGUACCGGACUGGUCCACCUCGAGAGCAAACACCCGUGAACUUGAAGUAAAUCUAGUUUUUAGAAAUCACUCGGCCACAUAUCACGCAACGGCCAAGUCGGAAGCCAUUGUUUCGCAACCCCUGACGCCGGGAUCGCUGAGUCUAAAGGGCAUGUUAUUGGGCAAAAUCGUACAAGUCGAGGCCCCGUCUCUGCUGAGAGACCCUUUCGAGCGAGACCAGGCGGUCGCCAAAAAACGCGAUUUCAUUCGAACUUAUCAGCACUGGUGCCGAGUAGUGGACAGCCUCGAAAGCUACCCAACACACGACAGCCUCAUCUCUGCCUUUGCUUCCAUGCUUUCAAGCCAAGGCCAAACCCAGGAAUUUCCCGGUAUGGAGGAUUUCCUGCUCUGGCUCUGGUAUGAGACAAUGCUGCACCCAAACCGAGGACACGUCACCGCAGAAGCCGCUACACGCGAAGUGGACGCUGGGUAUGCUGGGUAUGCUGGGUCCGCUGACCCUGGUGACUUCGCGUAUUCUAUCAUGUAUGGAAAUGCGCACGAGAACGAGAGCAUCGCUGCCAAGGUUCGCACCGUUCUAUUGCAUCUGUACGAGCACCACAUAACCUACACUUUCCUCCUGCUCGAUACUGGCUAUUUCGGCUUAGGUCCCAAUGGGACGUGCUGGCAAGGUGAUGAUGUAUAUCUACUGGCCGGUGCGAGCUCGCCUCUUGCGCUCCGGCCACAGGGAGACAACUUCCGCCUUGUGGGCUGUGCUUAUGUUCAAGGCGUCAUGGAUGGGGAGCUCUGGCCGGAGAGCGAAGACGGCCUCGAAGAGGUCACGCUCGUCUGA